AUGAGUGCGUUUCCGCUUCCGGUGACGUGUGAGAGAAAGAUGGCGGCGCGCGGAGGGAAACGUGCCGCGGAGCGAGCGGCGCAAAACAAGACGAAACGAGCGAAAUUAAACGGGAACAAAACGCCACAAACCGAGAGAAAACCGAAGGCAGUGACGUUUACCCCGGAGACAGAAGCAGAAGCGAAUAUAAACAUCAUCAGCGUCCCGCCGCCCGUCAGCACGGGCAAAUGGACGAAUAAGGAGCGAGUGUUGGUGUUUUCUUCUCGCGGGAUCAGCUUCAGGACGAGGCACCUGAUGAUGGACCUGCGGACCAUGAUGCCCCACAGCAAAUCUGACACCAAGAUGGACAGAAAAGACAAGCUCUUCGUGGUGAACGAGGUGUGCGAAAUCAAAAACUGCAAUAAAUGCAUCUUCUUUGAAGCCAAGAAGAAACAGGAUCUUUAUAUGUGGAUCUCAAACGUCCCUCACGGACCCUCAGCCAAGUUCCUCGUACAGAACGUUCACACACUGGCUGAGCUGAAAAUGACCGGAAACUGUCUGAAAGGCUCCAGACCGCUGCUGUCCUUCGACCCGAAAUUUGACAAGGAGCCGCAUUACGCACUGCUGAAGGAGCUCUUCACUCAGAUCUUCUCGACGCCUCGCUAUCACCCGAAGAGUCAGCCGUUUGUGGAUCACGUGCUGACCUUCACCAUCGCUGACCACAGGAUCUGGUUCAGGAACUAUCAGAUGAUCGAAGAAGACGGGUCUCUGGUGGAGAUCGGCCCGCGAUUCGUCUUGAAUCUCAUCAAAAUAUUCCAGGGCAGCUUCGGCGGACCCACGCUGUACGAGAACGCUCACUUCCAGUCUCCGAACAUGAACCGGCGGAUGAUCCGACAGGCCACGGCGGCCCGGCAGAAGGAGCGGCAGAUGGUGAAGGAGAUGCUGAAGGAGAAGCGCUCGGAGGAGCAGGAGGUGCUGGCGAGGGACGUGACGGACGAGGUGUUCGCGACGCCGGCCGAGCCCAGAGAUCCUGCGGUCCAGCUGCAGCCUCCAGAACCACAGAGACCCACGAAGAAGCUGCGGCUCUCGGAGCUGAAGAAGAAGACGCAGAUGAAGCGCAAAGGCCUGCGAUAAACCUGCGCUGCUCGCUCACUAAACAUCGUCACCGCAGGUGUGCUUCCGUGUUAUACUGAUCCCAGACCAGAGCUUCUGCUUAAUGCAUUAAAACUGUGUUUUUAAAACCAAUUCAGUAAACACACUAUUAAUAAAGCAUAUCAUGUACAGACAAGCAGAAAUCAGCCGUAAUACGAACGCAACGCAUUUAAUUACGCGUUAAGCAUUUUCCUCCCAUAGAAAACCGUUAUUAGGAAA